AGCGUGAGGACAGCGAGCCCCCGGCCCCCGUCCGGAGCGUGAGGACAGCGAGCCCCCGGCCCCCGUCCGGAGCGUGAGGACAGCGAGCCCCCGGCCCCCGUCCGGAGCGUGAGGACAGCGAGCCCCCGUCCGAGGCCGGAUGAAGGAGCGCGUCGCAGCGGGACCCGUGUGGAGCCUGUCGUCUUCUCCGCCGCGCUCGCGCUAACACGCUGUCGACGCGCGCUGCGGCUUUUUCCCUUUCGACGCGACGUCCGCGGGAGGGAGCCGCGUCUCGAAGUUUCCCAAGAUGGACUUCGACCCGGUGCUCGGGAAACUUUCCGUGUUUGCGGCGACACUCAUCAUCGCGCUGGUGUGUCAUGCAGCGGACCCCCCAGCAUCUCAGUGGUCCAGCGGUGAAUACAGGAACCUCACGCUUCGACGACACAGAACCUGCGUGGAGAAUGAGCAGUACCUGCACCAGGGACUCUGCUGCCUCAACUGCCUGGCCGGAUCCUUUGUGCAGAAGGCCUGCGAGAGGGACCAAGAACCAGGCAUGUGUCUCCCCUGCGAGCACGGACAGACGUACACCGAGCACUCCAACGGGAUGAACCGCUGUCUGCCGUGUACCCACUGCCGCCUAGAUGAAAUUGAAACUGCGUCAUGCACCACGACGACGGACACCAAGUGCCAGUGCAAACAGGGCACCUUCUGUGUACCAGAUCAGGCCUGUGAAGUCUGCAAACGAUGUGCCAAGUGCAAACCAGGAGAGGAGGAGGUGAGGAAGUGCACUCCCUUUUCUAACACAGUGUGUCGCAAACGGGACCCGUCCCCUACCAAAUCCUCCCCGGCCCUUCCUACACCGACACCUUCCUACACACCCGACACAGCUGUUCCUAUAUGUGUAUCCCUGGCCAUCAUCCUCAUUUUACUCAUUGGACUGGCUGUGUGGUGGUUCAAGUUCAAGCAGCAUUCAUGUGAAAUUCCAUGUUCAAAGAGCCAUUGCGACUCCAGUGAAAUCGUGAAGAUUCCCAUUGACGAGAGCGGAGCCACAGCAGAGGAGAGGCAGAAUAAUCAGAAUGCAGGUCUGGAGGGCGAGGAGCCCCGCCCGGAGUCUCGACCCCUGCUGCAGGAGACCCAGGCUGGGAUAACCAAGUCGGCUCCCCUGGAGGAUGAGGACCGAGGACUAGGGGACAGUCUACCCAACACCACAAGUUCAUCACAAACGAGCCUGUCAGCCCUGCCCACCGCAGCUUCCUCUGGCAACACUCCACACCAGAGCCCCACUGCCUUCAGACAACCCCCCACAGACAUGGAGGAUCCUCUGAGUCGUCGACUCGUGCCACUCCAAGGGUCAGAAAAAUCCCUGAAGAAGAGCUUCGAUCUGUUUGACGAGUACCUGGAUGUGCGGAUCCACAACAAAUUCUUCAGAAUGAUCGGAGUCAGCGAUAACAACAUUCGGAUUGCAGAGAACGGCGCCCCCGGCGACAAAGUUUACGAACUGCUGAAGAACUGGAUGCAGAGGCAGGGACUGAAGGCCGACAUCAACGACCUGCUGGACGCUCUGCUGAGCAUGGACCAGCGGCGCUCGGCGGAGAGCAUCGCCUCCACGGCCCUGCAGAAAGGCUACUAUAAGCACGCAGAUGCACCCUGAAGGUCAACGGGGACAGCGAGUGAAGGCAAAACACUUAAUACAAGACAAAAUUAAAAAGCACACUGUGUCUCACGAACAGGCGUACCUCUUUGUGGCUGAGCGGCCAUGUUUUCAAAAGCCAGUAGUUUUUAAAAAGAAAAAAAAAGACAAAAAGGGGAAGGUCGAGUCACACUGAUCAGCGCUCUGAGGUGGUCGACUCUCUGCCAAACACUGAGGCGUAAUAAUGAACGAGAAGAAGAAAAAGGUUUGCUGUCAAAUUCAAAAGCAUUACCGCCAAAGACGACCCAGCCAUAAGGACAUGAAGAAAACAUGAAGGCAUCAAACUUCCGCAGGCAGAGGCAGCUGCGUGUUUCCAUACUGUAGCGAAGCCACAUGUGGCCAAAUACCGAAAGCUUGCACGUCUCUGAGUGUGUGUGUGUGUGUCGCUCAUCUGCUCCUCUACUCAGAUCAUAGCACGCUACCUGGAGACGAGGAUAUACACUGGUUUGUAGGGUGGCAGUGGGGUGGGAGUGGCAUUAGCUAUGUCACUAUUACUGUGCCUCAUUGAUGCACUGACCUCUGGCACAUGUAGGAUUUGAAACUACAAUAUUGCUAUUGUGUUGUUGUUGUUUUUUUUGUUGUGUGUGUGUGUGUGUGUGUGUGUGUGUGUGUUUGUUUUGUAUUUUCCUGAAAGGAAAAUAUCUGUUUGUUACGCCGACAGUUAACGUGCAGCCUUACUUAUCAUGAACUUUACCUCUUCCAUGCCGUUCGAUCAUCCAAAUUGACUUAGGUGUAAUUCUUAAUGAUUAUGAUUUCAUUCAUAGAGUGUAGCGAUUCAGAGAUGUCCGAUUUUGUACAAUCAUGCACAUCAUCGAAACUCUUUUUUCGUGUCCGGACUUUUACAUGUUCAGUGUAACUGCUCACACAUGACGUUGGACAAGGAAUUUUACACAAGCUGUUCCCGUUGGAACAACUCUCGAUAGUUUAGUAAAAAAAAAAGUUUUCUGUAAUAUUUUCAAGUAAGUUUGAAAACUUCACAGGUCGUUUUAUUUAUUGAUAUAUUUAUUUUAAUGAAUAAUGGUUAUCUUUUAUUAUUUAUACCAUUGCCAAAAGCGAACCCUGGAAACCAAGCACAUUGUCUGUUUAUUUUGUGAUGAUGUUUAGCUGCAAGGCAAAAUGACUGACAUGAGAUUUUUCAAGGUGUGGUUGCAAACGCGUGUUCUGUCGAAGCUACUACUCGUUCCCGUUCCCCGCACCAUGUUCAAGCGGCGCUCCUUGGGCCCACACUGUUGAUCUGUCCACGUUACAUGUGCCAUUUCCUCACUAAUGAGUUAUCAUCAUCAUGGAUCACCGCAUUGAAGCUCUCUUGGUGCCGAAUGAGUUGGAAUGUGUGACAGUUAGUGGUUGAGGCGACAUCAGUCUCAGAAAUGGAGGACUGACCCAUUGAGUUCAGCUGUUAACCAAGUAGUCCUCCUGGACACAUCAGCGCUCGACUCGGGGUGCAGGUACGGAUUGUGUCGUCUUAGUUAGACUCGGCAAAGAUGAAGGAAACCAUUUCUGGGUUCAUGAAAAAGAAAAAAAAAGAUGCUUAGAUGUAUUUCCUCAAUUUUGUGUAAUGUACAUAAAAAGGUCCAGAGAGCAUUUAAGCCUCAAAAUGCAUACGUGUAUAUGCGGCUCUAUUAACAAAGCAAAAUGAAUAUAGUGAGGUAUGAAGUUAUCAGAGACACGCAGACCAGAGUGGUGCAAGUUCAUGUUUUUAAACUAGAACUCACCCAUUUCUUUUUGCCUGCAGUCUCUUAUGUAAAAAAAGUUACAGAGUUAUAUAUUAUUGCUGCAGAGUGAUGCUACAGUGCUGGCACUGCCAUCUAUUGACAGACAAUGAAAAUACAGCCUGCAUCAAUUUCUAGGGACCCUCCUGCUUUUUUUCACUUAACAUUCUUACUUUUACUAAGUUUUUUUAUUUUUUAUUCAUCCAUUUCUCAACUCACAGCCUUUCUGUCUUUUCUGAAGUAGCACAGCAGUGAAAGGGCUUCAGUGCAUGUUCAAGUGAAUGUUUGUCUCUUUUUUUAUAUACAUAUAUACACACAUCUGUUUUUUAACCUUUAUGUAUUUCAAAGUCCUAAGCUGUUCAAUAGACGUCCCUUGUGUAAAAACUUUCUUUUCAGUGUUGCUGUUAAAAUCAUUUCCCCCCACCUUAGUUAUUGGUUGCUUGUCAUGGAUUUCAGAUUUUUAAAUUAUGCAAAUACAAUAAACGCUGUUUUUAUGUCAAUUUCAAAUAAAUGUUUUGUACAGUUA